UUAGAGCAAAAUGAGAAAAUAUAUACCCAAGAGCCAGCCGCGAGGUGGAACAGGUGUCAGGUGCUUCGCCGCUGGACCUCCCUUUUUAGUUCUCCAGAAACGUGUGAGAUCUUCAAAGAACACUGCAGGAAGAACGCAUUCUGCAAAAGAUAAAGCCGGCCCAACGCAGAAGCCCACUGAUGUGUUUGAUUUCCCCGAUAAUUCUGUUAUCUCCAGCAUCGACAGGCUGGGUGAAAAUGAGAAAGAUGAAGAACCUUACGAAAUCUUUGACCCUCCUCUACACAGCACCGCGAUAUAUGCUGAUGAAGACGAAUUCUCCAAGCACUGCGGGUCCUCCGUGCCCUCGACUCCUCAAGGAAAAGAGGCGGAGAGAAGGUCAGACACUUACGAAAUUGAAGCAGGUGAAAACAUGUCUACAGAGAUGAGGGCCAAAAAGCCAGGAAGGAGAGGCAGGCCCAUUAGCGAUGACUCUGAAAGCACUGAGGAAGAGGCUGUAAGAAGGAAAGUUCAACCAGCAGAGAAAAUCAGGACACAGCCAGAUACACCCCAUACAUCCUCGGAGCUUCCAGAGAAACCGGCUGCGUCGGUCACUCCUAAAAACAUCAGACCCCGUAGCGCCAAGUCCGCUGUUGAAAAAGAGCCCGAGACAGAACCACGUCAUUCGAAAACUCAGAAAAAGGUGUUUUGUGGCAGAAAGAAGAAAUCAAGAAGUGAAGCCAGAGACUCAGAUCGUUCCGACUCUCAACCUAUUUGGUGUCUGAAAGGAAAGAAAGCCAGUGACAUCUCAGAGUUAGAUGUCGUUUUGUCUGCCUUUGAGAAGACCAUCCUGGAGUAUGAGCAAAAAGUAGAAUCUAAAAUUUUUAAGGAAGCCAUCAAAAAAUUUCAUUCUAAUAUGAAAGAAGAACUCAUCAAAACGCUUAAAGAAGUCCAGAUGUCAAAAACUCUGAAAAGGAAGAACACGAAGAUUAUUUCAGAUAUUGAAAAGAAAAGGCAGCGUUUGCUUGAACUCCAGGAUGAACUGCUUCGGUUAGAACCACAGCUGAAACAACUACAAGUCAAAUAUGACGAACUUAAGGAGAGAAAAUCUUCCCUCAGGAAUGCGGCGUGUUUCUUAUCGAACCUAAGACAGCUUCAUCAAGAUUACUCAGAUAUUCGAGAAAAAGAACCUCAUGUAAAAGAAACGUAUGAUUCAUCCAGCCUUCCAGCUCUGCUAGUCAAAGCGAGAACCCUUCUGGGAGCUGAAAACCACCUACAAAAUAUCAACCAUCAAUUGGAGAAGCUCCUUGACCAGAAAGGUGACCAAUCUACUGAAAUGUGACUCUGUAAAGACUAGUCCCCUGCGCUUGCCUGUU